AGUACCUGUGAUCAACUUGAAGGGAGAGCAGUCUUGGAGCCUUUUCACCUUGUUUGCAGAAGGUGCAUGGAGCCGGCCCUUAACUCGGAUGUGGCUAUCACAGCUGCAGCAUGUUGGCAUGUGCUGAGUGCCCGCAAGUUUUCUUACUUCCCUAAAAUCCUGGAUUUCUUGGAAUGUAUUUAUCGAACAGCACCAGAUCUGUUUCAUUAUCGGCACUAUGCGAAACUCAGCCUUGGGCUUCGUGCUAGGAUUCUACUAGAUCUCAUUGCUCAAAAUGGGACCGAUGAUGAAACCUGGAAAACCUUUCAGAAAUUAUUUCCUAAGACACCAUCAGAUGCAGUAUCGUACGCAACGCAUCGUGAUAUCCAUAAGGUGCAGUCGGCUAAUGCUAGCUUUCGAAGCAUGGUGAAGCGGCUUUUUGAAGAUGAUGAGUUCCGCAAAAACUACAUGAAGGAGCAAGUUGCCUUGGAAUAUGGAGAACCGUUUGUCGCUAUGCUGGAGAAGCUCCUACGAGAAUUGUUGGUCAGACUCAACACUGCAUUAUCUAAAAACAAUAGCAAACAGCUUAUGAUUGCCUUAGAACGAUAUUUGCCAUGUACCCAAGUGGAUGACUCUAUAGAUAUGUCCCUGUAAACCUUUAUGGUUGUCAAGCUUCAGUAUUUCAAGAUCUGAGAACUCUUACUCUGCUGUGUGGCGUCUCAACUGCACAAAUAUACCUCCUAGGUGCUUUCCUGUAUUUCCAAUAUUGCAGUAUUAUAAUGCAAACUCUGUUUACACAAAUUAUUUGUUACUGCAUGAAGUGGUUGCUAUUUCUAUAGCAAGGCUAUGAAAAUUGCAUAAACGGGUCAUACAAAUUAAGGGUUGUUGAAAAAUGUAUUUAACUUAUUAUUAAAAUACAUUAUU